UCCCCCCCCCCCCAACUCUGGCUUUGCCCCAAUGGAGAAGGUGCUGCGGAAGCUGAAGCCCAGGCAGAAACCGCAGGCAGCCGCCUGGUAUUCCCUCGCCUUAUGCGGGAACAGCCCCUGUGCUCGUGUGGGCCAAAACUCUUUAUAUCUGCCUCCUUUGGAGCCGGGAAGCAGAAAUGGGAAAGUGGUUAUCAUCGCCGGAGCAAAUCCGAGUGGAAGUUUCGCUGACUCCUAUUGUAUUGAUCUUGAUGCUAAUUGCUGGACCGCGCCAGGCUGGGUAAAUCUGUUGCCACGCUACGAACAUGCUGCGUUUGUCCCCACGAGCCGUCCCAACACCGUCUGGGUCUACGGAGGGGCUAGUGAAACUGGGAACCGAGAUUGCGUACAGGUUUUGGAUCUCGAAACCGGGUCGUGGGAGAAAACCAAAGUGAUCGGCAAUCCACCGAGCCCUCGCACGUUCCACACCUCCACGGCAGCAAUUGGGGAUCGGUUCUAUGUAUUUGGAGGAGGAGAUAAAGGGGUAGAUCCUGUCCAGGACCAGCAGCUUCACAUCCUCGACUCAACCACGUUGACGUGGUCGCAGCCAGAGGUGCGCGGUCAGCCUCCUGCUCCCCGGCAUGGUCACGUGGUGGUGGCGGUGGAGAAUCGACUGUUUGUACAUGGCGGCUUGGCGGGUGACACGUUUUACGACGACCUGUUCUCCCUUGACAUAAGGGACCGCAAAUGGGAGAAGUUGUCCGCCUCGGGAUCCGUUCCUGGAGGCCGAGCGGCCCACUCAGCGCUUGCUUUCCGAGGUCACAUUUACAUCUUUGGAGGAAUGGACCCAACAGGCGAACUCAAUACCACGUACAGAUAUCACAUAGAAAAAAAUCAUUGGACGCAGAUGGAGUUCACCGCUCCGUUACCUCCUGGCCGGCUGGACCACUCCAUGUGCGUCAUUCCUUGGCAAACUUCCGACGAAGACCCCCCCGGUCACAAAGGAACCGAAGAGGCUGCUCAAGGGGACGGGCAAGGCCAGCCAGAGGAAGGGCUCGUUCACCUCUGCUUGGUAUUUGGGGGCAUGAAUAUGAAAGGGAAUAUCUAUGACGACUGUAUCGUGAGCGUGCUGGAAGAAUAAGUUGGGCCGUCCAAGUAGUAAAGCUCGUGGUCUGAUGGGUUCUCCCAACUGCAUUGGGCAGGGAAGUGGUUACGCCUCCUGUAUUUAAUUGUCCGUCACCUUUUAUUUAAAAAAAAAAAGAAAUAAAUGUUGGAAAUAUUUGUCGUCUCAAGCCUGCAAGCAGCAAGGCUGCAGGGAAUAAACGGGUUUCAAUAAAAGAGGAUAUUUGCA